CAAAUUGGCGUCACACCACGACAAGGCCAGGACCCGCGGCCUUUAAGCUCUUUUUCUUUUAAGUCCCUCUUUUUCUCUUUCCUCCUGUGGUUUAUCUGUUUACCUGUGCGAGCGGCUAUCGAUACGUCCCCUACUUCUGGUUGCACCAAAGCUCCGGCCUUCGGUCCCUUUAAUCUUGUUGCACCACUCGCCACACCCGCCCACAUCUCGCGACAGGAACUCCGUGGCGCCAUGGCAGAAGAGCCUAGAGAUACACGGGACGACAAGUCCUCGGCGGUUACGUCCGCUGCCCCUGGCGCGCUGGCCCCUGCGCAGGGAGGAGGCUCUGCUGAGCCGCCCAAGAGGAUCCCCAGGGGAGUGGUCCUGGGCCCGGAUGGCAAACCAUGUCGGAAUUGCACGUCUUUCGCCGCGUGGGCCGCCCAGACAAAGGACACUCUCAAGCACGGCGCUGCACGGACACCGACGGCGACACAAGGGCCUCCGGCCGACUGCCCUCCGGACGUCGAGACACUUGGCCGGAGCACGUGGACUCUGCUGCACUCGAUCGCGGCUCAGUACCCGGAGCAGCCGUCCAGGGGCCAGCAGUCGGACCUGCUCAGCUUCGUGGGCCUGUUCUCCAAGUUGUACCCGUGCUGGGUGUGCGCCGAGGACUUUCAGGGCUAUCUACAUCGCGACGCGCCCAAGGUUGGUAGCAGGGACGAGUUUGGCAAGUGGCUGUGCGGCGCACACAAUGAGGUGAACCGCAAGCUUGGCAAGCCCGAGUUUGACUGCUCCAAGUGGGAGGAGAGAUGGCGGACUGGCUGGAAGGACGGCCGCUGCGAUUGA